GCUACCCGAGUUCCUUCACGUAAUCGUGAAUGUGUGAGUGUCACACCCAGCCCAAUUGAGCGAGCGAGAUAUAAAGCUACGUUGGCAGUGUUGUUGGCACUGCAAAACAUUUGACUUACCUCCGAGGGAGACGAUUCUAACCUUUACACUCAUUUCGUCGACACUGCCACAGAACAAAGGAGGGCAAGUAGUAGGAACGAAAAAGGAAUUAAUUCAAAGUUGCUUGGAGCAGCUGUGAGAGCGGCGUUGCACAGCAUCAAAGUGUCAGAGUCGCUCGAGGCCAACGAUUAUUCGAGAUUUUGAAAAGCAGAAGGAAAGAGGAGGAGGACAAGAUAAAAGUAUAAGUUUUAAGUGCACCAGCAAGCGCCAUUGGCAUCUUUGGGAUGGCAGAGAACUUAGACUUGAACUUCCCAAUUUGGGGUCUGUUACCUAAGAAAGAGACGGGUGUCACUCAGUUCCUUACCAAAUAUCCGGAGUACGACGGUAGAGGUACAAUUUUGGCUAUCUUCGAUUCCGGAGUCGAUCCUGGAGCGCCAGGUUUACAAUUUACAUCCGAUGGUAAGCCCAAGAUACUUGAGAGAUUUGAUUGUAGCGGACGUGGUGAUGUUGAUACCAGUAAAGUUGUGAAGACAAUAGAUGGUUAUUUGACAGGAACCACCGGACGUCGCUUAAAGAUUCCUAUAUCUUGGAACAAUCCAACUGGGGAGUUUCAUCUUGGAGAGAAAAGCGCAUAUUCUUUGUAUCCGACUAAAUUACUUGAAAGAAUUGAACAAUCUAGAAAAAAAAGAUUUUGGGAUGAUAAUCACAAAAUUGCUUUAGUAGAAGCCACAAGAUUAUUACAAGAAUUUGAAUCGAAACAUCCACAGCUAUCGACUAUACAAGAAAAAUUAGAGAAAGAAGAACUUGAAACUCGUAUAGAUUAUUUAACAAAUUUAGAAAAAAAGUACGAAGACCUUGGCCCAACGUAUGAUUGUGUUGUUUUUCAUGAUGGUGAAAUAUGGAGAGCUUGCAUUGAUACAUCGGAACAAGGAGAUUUAGAAUCUGGUGUAUUUCUAGGCGAAUAUACCCACACAAAUGAUUAUGCACCAUUAACACAAGAAGAUCAAUUGAAUAUUUCUAUUAAUGUGCAUGACGAUGGAAACACGUUAGAAAUUGUCAGUCUUUGUUCGCAACAUGGUACUCAUGUAGCUUCAAUCGCUGUUGGGAAUUUCCCUGAUAACAAAGAACUAAAUGGCGUUGCCCCCGGUGCGCAAAUCCUAUCAUUAAGUAUUGGUGAUGCACGACUAGAUACAAUGGAAACUGGUAGUGCAAUUGUAAGAGCAAUGAUUCGUGUAAUGUCUUAUAAAUAUAAAGUACAUGUUAUUAAUAUGAGUUAUGGAGAACGUGCUCAUUGGACUAAUGCAGGCAGAAUAGGUGAACUCAUGAAUGAAGUCAUUGAUAAAUAUGGAGUGACAUUAGUAACAUCAGCAGGGAACAUGGGGCCAGCAUUAUGUACAAUAAAUACCCCUCCAGAUAUUAGUUCCAACAGUAUUAUUGGUGUUGGUGCAUACGUUUCGCCCGACAUGAUGAUGGCCGAGUAUUCGUUAAGAGAAAAAAUGCCUGGUAUGCCUUUCACGUGGUCUUCCCGUGGACCAACCAUUGAUGGCGGCUGCGGUGUUACUGUAUGUGCACCUGGAGGCGCAAUUACCAGUGUGCCAAAUUUCACAUUAAGAAAGUGCCAGUUACUUAAUGGAACGAGUAUGGCAAGUCCGCAUGUGGCUGGUGCAGUUGCCGUUCUCAUCUCCGGUCUUCUUGCGAAGAGUUUAAAAUUCUCACCUUACAGUAUAAAACGUGCUCUUGAAAAUAGUGCGCACUUUGUUGACACGCUCGACGUAUUCGCACAGGGCUCAGGACUUUUACAAGUAGAGCGAGCUUUCGAAAAUCUCGUCUCCACUGCUAAUUGCCCAGAGAGAGAUGUCAGGUUUGCAAUCAAUUGCGGCGCAAACAAUGCCAAAGGUAUUCACUUGAGAGGUGGUGUAAUUGAUCGUCCAAAGGAUUAUGCUAUUACAGUAGAGCCAAUUUUUAUGGAUACUGAUAAUAUAGAUCCAGCACGUAAAAUCAACUUUAAUUUAAGACUAGCUAUGGUGUGUGAUGCACCUGGUGUUCAUUUUCCAACUCAUCUUGAUUUAAUGCAUAUGCCACGAGCUUUCGCUAUUAGAGUGGAUGGUACUUCAUUGUCGGAUGGUGUUCAUUUUACCAGUAUUCAAGCUUAUGAUGUAACCAAUGUAGAUAAAGGACCUGUAUUUCGUAUACCAAUUACUAUAGUACAACCAUUAACAAUUCCUAAAAAUAUAACGCUUCCUGAUCUCACUUAUACAAACGUUUUGUUCAAGCCAAAUACUACUUAUAGGCACUUUAUACUUGUGCCCGAUGAUGCUACAUGGGCAGUUUUGAAACUGAAGAGCUCAGAAAAAGAUAAGACUGGACGAUUUGUAAUGCAUACAAUGCAAUUAAAACCUCGUUUAUCAACUAAAACCCUCGAAGUUAAUAAAAUGCUAAAUAUUACUUCGCAAUCGGAAACAAUUCAAGGUUUCGCUGUGCAAGGAGGAUUAAUUUUAGAAGUAGCCAUCGCUAAAUAUUGGGCCAACUUGGGCGAUAUUCUUAUUGAUUAUACUAUAGAAUUUCAUGGAAUUCAUUUAAUAAAUGGCGCUCUUACAAUGCAAUCCGGAGAUGGUAUCCAUCGCUUAGAACUUCGAAGUUCGUUAAGAAAUGAAGAGGUUGUACCAAAUAUCUCAUUGAAGCACUCGGUUCAAGUUCUAAGACCAAUUGAUUCGAAAAUUGCACCCCUGAGGGCACGGGAUGUCAUUCCACCUGCCCGACAAAUAUUUGAAUUGGAAUUAACUUACACAUUCCACAUUGCAAAAGCGACUGAAAUAAUGCCUAAUGCAGCAUUGCUAAGCGAUUUGCUUUAUGAAAAUGAAUAUGAGUGUCAAAGGUGGAUAAUUUAUAAUGUCAAUAAACAAGUUAUUUAUUGUGGAGAUGCAUAUCCUAACAAAUAUAUAAUUUCAAAAAUUGACAAAGGUGAUUACACGUUAAAGAUGCAAGUGCGCCAUGAAAAAAGAGAGUUACUCGACAGAUUAACAGAGAUGCCUAUACUACUCACUCAAAAACUUAGCUCACAGAUUAGUCUGGAUGUUUAUGCCAGUCAGUCGCAAGCAAUCAUAGGUGGUAAAAAAAUGGUCGCAGCUUUAAUUCCUCCAGGUCAUAUUUUACCACUUUACAUUGCACCACUGGCGAAUGAAAGCAACACUGACAACAUAAUUUCUAAGGGUGCUACAUUGGGCUCAUAUCUACAGGGGACAAUAACAUUUUGUAAAGACGAAAUUGGCAAAAAAGUUGAUAUAUACACAUUUAAAUUUGUACUAUCCGAACCAGCUAAAAAAUCUGCCAAUCAAAAUAAUAAAAUUGAUAAAGAAAUAACUACAAAAUGGCAUGAAUACAAGAAAGCUAUGCGUGAUCUUAAAUGCAGUUGGCUUGCUAAAUUGGAACCCGGUGAGCAUACUCAAGAACUCUAUAACGAUCUGAGGUCCAACUUUCCGGACCACUUACCAGUACAGACUGCUAUGCUUACUUCCUUGGAUUCAUCAGACGCUCCUAGGCACGUACCUCAUGACGAUUUAUCCGAUGCCACGGUCAACUUCUCCAAUCAGAUAAUUACCAUUGCUGACGAAAUUAUUAAGUCCGUUGAUCAAGAAAAACUAUUAGCCUAUUACGGUUUGAAGAACGAUCAGAGACCGGAUGCAGCGAAGAUAAAGGCAACAAUGGACAAGGAGAAAAAUUGUCUUCUUGAAGCACUUGUAAAGAAGGGUUGUGCGUUAGCUCGACUCCACGUGCACGGGAAAAGAAAAAAUGACAGCGAGGAAAAUAUUAAAGCCCUUUGCGAUAAUGUCUCCAGUCUGUGGAUGGAUGCCCAGAAAUUUGCCGAGCCGACAGAUAGCAAAGUAAUAAUUCUCUCUUUGUGGCAUGCUCAUAUCAAUAAACACUAUGGCAGAUAUUUAAAAUUAUUGGCAAGAUAUUACGAAGACAAGCCAGUAAAAGAAAUUGAUGAAAAAGUUAUAGACAUUGCAAAAAUUUUGGGAUGGGAAUAUUUAGCUCAGCAUGUCACUUCAAGUAUACCAUUGAAAUAUCCAUCUGCAAAUAUGUUGUGGUGAUUAUAAGUGACUUCACAAGAUUUGAAUUUAUGCGCGGCCAUUUCUUGAAAUGAACGAUGCAUCUGUCAUUGAAAAGCUCUUUCAAUGUAACGACCUAAAAGAUAAUCUGUAUUUUCUAAGAUGGUUGGACGUGCUAUGCAAAUAAAUUUACAUAUAGUAAAAAUUAUUUAGCGUAAUUCAUAAAAGCAAUACAAGUAUCAGUCAGUUAAUUACACAUAUUCAUUAGCCCGCAAAAUGUCCGUAAUGUGGAAGAUAAUUUCGAGAUUACUAUUAUAUCUAUAAUAAUGAAAUAAAAGACUGUUUUGUUUGAACAAUAUUCACAAAAAAAAAUAAA